ACGAGAGCAACAGCAGUGGGCGGAGGAGCUCUUCCAGCAGGGAGUGUUUGAAGAGGAGCCCGCAGAGCCCAAAAGCAGAGGGCUCCGAUUCGGUGACAUCCCAGUCCUCACCGAGUGAAGAGGCUGGAAUGAUGACUGAGGUGAAGGUGAAAACAGAGGUACCAGAUGACUACAUCGAAGAGGUGAUCUGGCAGGAUGACACCAAAGAUUCCAAGAAGAACAUAAAGGAUGGGCCAGGAGAUGUACCCGCAGAGAUCUGCGUGGUCAUAGGUGGGGUUCGCAACCAGCAGACGCUCGAUGGAAAAGCAGUGGAACGUGGCUCUCCCGUUGGAUAUACACGAAAUCGAUAUUCAGGGACCUGGAUUUUUGACCAUGCAUUGAGAUACACGUCCGGGUCUUACGAGUGUGGAAUAUGUGGGAAGAAAUACAAGUAUUACAACUGUUUCCAGACCCAUGUGCGAGCGCAUAGAGACAAUUUUAGGUACACGUGUGACAUAUGUGGGAAAAAAUAUAAAUAUUAUAGCUGCUUCCAAGAGCACAGAGACCUACAUGCCGUGGAUGUUUUUAGUGUGGAAGGGGCCCCAGAAAACCGGGCAGACCCCUAUGACCAGGCCGUCAUAGCAGCAGAUGAAGUGAAGGAGGAGGAGCCAGAGCCAUUCCAGAAGAUUGGUCCAAAAACUGGCAAUUACACCUGUGAAUUCUGUGGCAAGCAGUACAAAUACUACACUCCCUACCAAGAACAUGUGGCGCUGCAUGCACCUAUUAAGUUCUCUCGAUCUCCACUCUUCGUGGCAGUGAAGACACAGGCGAGCCAAUCCAGCAAAAAAACACCGGCUUCAAUAAACCGAUGUUCUACCCUCCUGCAUCGCACCCCCUCCGGUGUCCCACCGGCAUCCCAAUCCCAGAUGUUCCGCGCUCCAAAUUCUGGAUCCCCAGGAAGCAAGGCCAUCACAGCAGAAAGUGCUUUCAGCAGGAGAGUGGAAAGCAAAGAGCAAAACAACUUUGAAGAAACAAACAGCAAUUCUCAGAACUCCAGUGCUGUUCAUUCGGGGACAGAAAAACCUAAAGAAAAGCGGUGUAAGCAGAACCCAUCAGAAACCGCAAGUCCCCUGAUUUCAAAUCCUUUCCCGCUUUUACAAAAGCCUUACACCUGUGGAGCUUGUGGAAUCCAGUUCCAGUUUUAUAACAAUCUCCUGGAGCACAUGCAGUCCCAUGCAGCUGACAACGAGAACAAUAUUGCCUCUAGCCAGCCCAGAUCACCUUUAGCUGUUGUUGAAGAAAAGUGGAAACCACAGCUCCAAAGAAAUAACGCCAACAACACAUCCGCGAGCGGUUCGGUAGGGAACAGCGCGAUCCCAGAGAAGGAGCGGCAGAACAUUGCCGAGAGGCUCCUGAGGGUGAUGUGCACUGACCUUGGGGCUCUGAGCGUGGUGAGCGGGAAGGAAUUCAUCAAGCUAGCACAGACCCUGGUGGAUAGUGGAGCUCGCUAUGGUGCCUUCUCUGUCACCGAAAUCCUUGGCAAUUUCAACACACUGGCUCUGAAGCAUUUGCCUCGGAUGUACAACCAAGUGAAGGUGAAAGUCACCUGCGCCCUGGGCAGCAAUGCAUGCCUUGGCAUUGGUGUCACUUGCCACUCGCAGAGCAUCGGCCCCGAUUCUUGCUACAUCCUGACAGCUUAUCAGGUGGAAGGCAACCACAUCAAGAGUUACGUCCUGGGAAUUAAGGGCGUAGACAUUAGAGAUAAUGGUGAUUUUAUCCACCACUGGGUACAGAACGUGCUCUCGGAGUUUGUGAUGUCGGAGAUCAGGACGGUGUACGUCACAGACUGCAAAGUCAAUUCCUCUGCGUUCUCCAAGGCAGGCAUGUGCUUGCGUUGUUCAGCCUGUGCCUUGAACUCAGUAGUGCAGAGUGUGCUGAACAAGCGAACACUACAGGCUCGCAAUAUGCACGAAGUGAUCGAGCUCCUGAAUGUCUGUGAAGAUCUGGCAGGAUCCACGGGCCUCUCGAAGGAGACAUUUGGCUCCCUGGAAGAGACCUCUCCCCCACCAUGCUGGAACUCGGUCACCGAUUCCCUCCUGCUCGUCCACGAGCGCUACGAGCAGAUCUGUGAGUUCUACAGCAGGGCCAAGAAGAUGAACCUCAUCCAAAACCUGAACAAACACCUGCUCAGCAACCUGGCAGCCAUUUUGGCUCCAGUGAAACAGGCGGUGAUUGAGUUGAGCAAUGAGAGCCGACCCACCUUGCAGCUGGUACUGCCCACCUACGUCAAACUGGAGAAACUGUUCACUUCCAAAGCUAACGACGCUGGCGUAGUCAGCAAACUCUGCCACCUCUUCUUGGAGGCGCUGAAGGAGAACUUCAAAGUUCAUUCGGCACACAAGGUAGCCAUGAUCUUAGAUCCUCAGCAGAAGCUGCGGCCCGUCCCGCCAUACCAGCAUGAAGAGAUCAUUGGCAAGGUCUGUGAGUUGAUCAAUGAGGUGAAAGAGUCCUGGGCAGAAGAAACAGAAUUUGAACCUUCAACCAAGAAGCCUCGGGCAGCAGGGGAAGCCACAGCAGCUCAGGAAGAAGAUUGGUUCGGGAAAAAUGAAGUCUAUGAUUAUUUGCAAGAACCUCUCUUCCAGGCCACCCCUGACCUGUUUCAGUACUGGUCGUGUGUUACCCAAAAGCAUACAAAACUAGCCAAGCUAGCCUUUUGGCUCUUAGCAGUGCCUGCUGUUGGUGCCAGAAGCGAAUGUGUAAAUAUGUGUGAGCAGGCUCUCUUAAUCAAAAGGAGACGGCUACUCAGUCCAGAAGACAUGAACAAACUCAUGUUUUUGAAAUCCAACAUGCUUUAAGACUGUCUUUUAAUUAAAACAAAACUUUAAAACACUGUUCCAAACAAAGAAAAAGAAUUUUAAGUUCUAAACACUGUGGACCUCAUUAUGAAUGCCCCUGGAAACCAAGUGCUUUUUUAUAUAUAUAUAAAAAUAUAAAUAUAUAUAAAAUAAAGUUUGAAAGGAAAGCUGAGCACGUGAGAGAGACAGCCCUCUGCCAGGAACGUGCUCCUUUCCAUAGAUAGUGUGUGGACUUGACAGACUUUCUAAUGUUUUCAAGUGGGCAGACCAAUGGGAGGCUGAUGUUCUAAAGUCUUCAGGCAGCUGAGAUCUAAAGUGACUUGAAGUUUCUUUUGUUUCUCCUCCACCCCACCUUUCCUCUUGUCCCCUGGGCCAUCUUGCCAUGGAUAAUCAGACUACAUUGAACAGACCAGUUCUGCACUGGACUUUGCUCCUUUGAAUAACUGUACACCUUGAGGGCAUUUGUCUGCAGCCUUCUUGACACACGGUGCACGUGAUCAGGGCAGCUGUGUUUUAUGAACACCAGUAUCUUUAGAAAUCAGGAAGGGAGACUUUAAGGAUGUUUUUUCUUAUUUUAUUUUUGACUAUUUCCUGUACAUUUUUUUUUCCAAAAAACAAAAGUUACUCUUCUGUCUCCACUCCCAGUUUUGAGUUUAACCUGUUAGCUAGUUUGAUUUAAAACUAUGAGAAAUGCUUCAUGGCAGAAAAUGUCUGUAAUUAUGUUUAUUGGAUUUUUUUUUUUUUUUACAGCAUAACUUCUUUUCUGAAUUCCCUGUAUGAAUUAGCUCCUCUAUGAAUUUCAUAAACCAGGGGUUCUCAACCUUGUUCUAGAGUAGCCCAUUUGCGAUUAAUUAAUAUCCUCAUGGGAGCCUCAGCAGUUGCUCAUAUGGAAAAGCAAGCAAGCGGUGACAGCACAGAUGUCUGUGAGCCACCAGCCAGCUUGCCAGGGUCUGCCAGCUGCCAUUGAGAACCCUUGUACCUAAACUUUUUUGUAAAAAAAAGUUUCUCAGAACACACACUGAAAAUAACCUUCACAAGGCCAAGGACAAACCAAGGUGUAUGAUUUUUCAGGGGAACAAAGAUCAUCAGUUUUGUCAAACUGGGGUUUGAAGGAAGCUUAGAGAAGUGCAUGGGCUCAAAUAUCCUUCUGAAUGUAAGUGCUCCUGAUUGAGUGCAAAGAAUAUCUUCCCAUUUUAUUUGGAAUGGUUUCCUCUAGUAGCACGAAUGUCUUUUUAAUACCUACAGUGCAUUACACUACUUGUUAUGUUGCUGAAUCCUUCUGGCUAUGAAGGCCGCGGGCCCUUAAACGUUCGCACUUACUGUCUCACCCCAAAUGCAAUUAGAGAUCAUCAUAACACAAAAACCUCUCAGUCACUCUGCUGUCCGCCACGGCCAGUGCUCUGCUGCAUCCAGCGCCUGUAGGCACGGUCCAUGGGCUGCUGGACGGGAUCUCUGCAGGCUGUCAGGUUUGGUGCCUCUCGGACAAUUCCCAGUUUCUGGUGCCAAACUGCUUUUUUCAUCACUGGGACUUGUAUCCUGGAGGCAAAUUGAAGCAAAUUCUUAUUUUUGAAGUAGUCUCUCCUGCUUCCAGUAGCGUGCUCUGGAACUGCGGUCACCGCGGCAGCAGAGCAGCAUCGGCAUCUCGGGAGGACGGACUGGCGCAGCUCUGAGCAGGCAGGCUGGAGGCGGAAGCCCUUCAACAGCCCAGGGGUGUUUUCUGGUAUCUGGUGAGACUGGGGGCCCUCUUGGAAGUGCUGCUCUUGAACAGAUGUUAAACCAAGAUCCCACCCACCCAUUUCUGGGUGUAAUAGAAGUUGCGAGUCCCAAGACAUGAGAAAUGGCAAACCCAGUCUCUCAGGCUUUGUUUGCAGAUGCCUUGACACUGAUGGACACUGACAGCUUUGCUCCCAUGGGGCUCAGACAGGGGAACAGUUUGCAUGCUAGAGACCUUCCCUAGGUCAAGGUCACUGAGGAUAGCUUGCUGCAUGCAGUCUUGCUCUUUUCAGCCUAGAAACAGGACCUUAGCUCGAGUCUAGCGUUCGGCAUCAGGGCAAAAACAGUCUCCUAAGUAUAAGUUUUGCAUACGGAUAGCUUAAAAGAUGCCAUCUGCAACCCCACCGACAACUGCAGGGGUUGCAGCACUUGAAGAUGAGCUGCCAAGGCAGAGGCACUUGGACAUCUUACUUCUCUGGCAGUGGCUUUUGCGAAUGGAGGAGUUGGUUGUAGGGCUAACUUUUCUUCUUGCUGGUUUUCUUUUCUCCUGUACAAAUCCUGCCUGCCCAGCCACCAGGUGGGCCCAUGGUAACACAUCUGUUUGCACUUGCAGGGCAAGAGAAACCUGUAACAAACAAUUAGUCUUGAACUACAAACAAGAACCCCAAGUGAGAUGUGUGCCAGUUGCAAAGCGUUUGUGCUGUGCUGCUGUUCCCACUGAAAAGCACAAGGUGUCCUGCAGCAAGAAGACUUGGCUGGAAGAUGAAUCCAAAGAAAGAUCAGCUUUUGAGGCUGCAGAGUGUGUACUGUGCAGCUCAGCUGAUGGGCAGAGCUGGGGACAGGAUUUGUAGUUCUUUCUCCUAAUGGCACAUUAUACCUUUUUGCUUUGUUUGCCUGAGAGUUGCUCACAGGCUCUUUGAUGCUCAGGCGAAUGUGCAAAGCGCUUGCAUUCCUUUGAAAAGAAAGCUUGAAACCCUAACACUCCUUUGUUAAGGGACAGGCUGAUAAUUUCUGCGGGAUUUGCCAACUCGGGUUCAUCGCGUUGUCUGUCUGCAAGGCAUUAAGGGUGGGGAAGUGGACAAAGCAGAAUUAGCAUAGGUUUAAAGCCCUGGAAUUGAGAAUGAGGUAAAAAUGCAGUCAUUUGUGCAACCGUUUUAUGCCAGGCUGUGCAGAGCAGUGAGCUGGACCAUGGCUACGCAGGCAGGUUGUGCAAACGGAAAGGCUGCAGCCACCCUUAACUCCCAGCCCAUCUCCCCUUCCCCUUCUUACAGUGUGGUUUUGGCAAAAAAUCUGGAUCUUUCUUGCUGUGAUGACCAAAGAGAGGGAUUGACUGGCCCUCUCCCCCCUCCGAGUAACUGUCAAACCAAGGCAAACUUUGGUUAUAGUUGCACCAGUGAUGGGUGCUAAGCAAACGUGCAGCAUUGUCUGGUAGAUGAGAUUCUCCCAAAGACUUAAAAACUCCACUUAGCAGCUGAAAAAGCAAAAUAAAACCUAAAGCCCCAAAAUGGAGCAAUAUGGAAAGUCGGUGAGAAGAGCUGGUUGGCCAGCCCCCUUCUCCAGUGAGUCAGUGGAAGAAGCCGCAGCUUUUCAUCAGUCUUAAACGUGGUUGCAAGGUGUUCUGCUCAGGGGAGCUGUUCACACUGUGUCUUCUCACAGGCUGACCUCUGUCUGAUGCACUUAUGCUUCAUUAAAAGGAGAGAAGCACAUCCAGAGCAC